AUGACCACUCCAACUUUAUACACUGUUAGUUCUUAUUUGAUUCUAGAUAGCAAGGGUAAUAGAAUUUAUACUAAAUAUUUUAAUCCACCAUUCAGUAAUAAGGAUUCUAUUAUCACAAAAAAGAAUAAUACCAAUGGAGAAGAUGAAGAAGAAUAUAACACUGGUUUACAAACGAAUUUGAAAAAACAAAUAACUUUUGAAAAAAAUUUAUUCAAAAAAACACACAAAACCGAUUCAGACAUAAUUAUAUUCGAAGAUAAGAUAAUCAUAUAUAAGGAAUAUGCUGACGUUUCAUUAUAUCUAGUUAGUUCUGAUUUAGAAGUUAAUGAAUGUCUAUUACAAUUGACUUUUGAUGGUAUUAAAGAUGCUUUAGAAUUAAUUUUAGAUAAUGGACUUGACAAAAAUAACAUCCAGGAACACUUUGAUAUGUGUUGUUUGGCUAUUGAUGAAAGCAUUGAUGAUGGAAUUGUAUUAGAAUAUGAUGGUGCCACUAUUGCUUCAAGAGUUACUUCACCACCCACCAAAGAUUCUGCACAUAUUAAUAUCGAUUUAAGUGAGAAAGGGUUAUUAAGUGCUUGGGGGUUCGCUAAAAGUAAAUUAGCUGAAAGAUUGCAGCAGGGUUUAUAA